CCAGAUGAGUCGAAGGCGCGUCGAAUGAAAACCAGGCGAUCGCAGCCUCGUUGAAUGGGCGGUGUUGCUUAAGUCAGCAUUGGGCUUAUUAAACAUUGGCCCAAAACUGAAUGAGUAUUGGGCUUUGAACUCGGAUCCAAACCCUUUUCAACAAAACCCGGCCCGUAUCGGAAUGGAUUCGGGUGAUCAUCACCAUUUCUUUUUGCUAAUAAUUCUUCUUCAUAAUUAAUCUGAUCUCUAAAAUGAAGAAAGUUUCAGGUAAUGUACAGUUGUUUUAUACAGAAAUAUGGCGAAUGGAAAUUUCAUCUGGAAUGUAGGUAGAAAGUAUUUCGCCGCCGGUGUGAUUGGCCUCGCAAUAUCCGACCGUUAUGCCAGCUUAAUGGCUGUUCGUGGUUCCUCCAUGGCUCCCACUUUCAAUCCCUACGAGCGAAAAUCCAGUCGAUCUGUAUCAGAUGAUUACGUCUUGGUCGAGAAGUUAUGCCUCGGCAAAUACGAGUUCGUGCGGGGUGAUGUCGUUGUUUUUCGUUCACCGAGUAAUUACAAAGAGAAAAAUGUAAAGAGAAUUACUGCCCUUCCAGGUGACUCUGUUCAUCUCCCUUCAUUUGACACUGUGAGGAUUCCAUCAGGGCAUUGUUGGGUUGAGGGAGACAGUUCAGCUUGUAGCCUAGACUCGAGAUCAUUUGGCCCCAUUCCUCUUGGUUUGAUUUGUGGCCGAAUUACACAUGUUGAAUGGCCACCUCAAAGAAUGGGUAAAGUUGACAGUGGAGUAUCUGAGGACAGAUUGCCAUUCACAACUUAACCGCAGGUUAUUGUUUCUUCUUUAGAAAACAUGGAAACUGAUGAAUUAUUUGUUGCAAAACAAAAACUCUUGACUCAUAUUUUUAUUCAUAUUUUCUUAUCUCGUAUUUGAGGCAUGGCAUUGUAGUGAUGACACACACACACACGUACACGUUUUAAAAAUCUAUAUCUAAUAUUUAUAUAAAAAAUUGUUAAUUUUCAAAUAGUGCAGUAUCAUCGAGUCCUUCACAAAUGUUUGUAAUCUUGAUUUAUUUUUUAUUGAUUGCGCCACUGCUGUAUUACGUUCGUCUGACAAGGGUUGUUGCAUUUUAGCAAUUUGUGGCCA